AAAAAACGAGAGCGAAAAAAGAAAAUUGUCACUUUUAUAAGGAGUAUUACAGUUGUCUAAUCGGAAUUAUUCAUUUUAGCACUAUUCCUCUAUUAAUUCUUACAAGAAGAUUGGAUAUUAUUAACAGUUUAAAAGAGACAGGCAACUAUUUUCUGACUUUAAAUAUAUAUAAAGAAAGGAAAUAUAUUAAGAGGUAGGAGCGAAAAAAUAACGUAAACUUGACGUUGAAGUUAAAGACAGCGAGGAAAACGGCAAAGAAGACGAAGAAGAAAGAAGAAAAGAGGAGAGGAGAAGGAUAACUUCGUAAUGAACAUAUAUAGAGAUAGAUAGCGUAAAAAGAAAUAAAGAAUAGGGAAAGAUAAGGGGAAAUAGACAUUGCAUAUGUAAAGGAUAUAAAGAACACGAGAGAGAGAGAGAGAGAGAGAGAGAGAGAGAAGGAAAGAUAUGGAAUGGAAAAUUUUAAUAUAUUUGCUUAAUUGUUUUACGAAAGUCUUUUUAGAUGGAAGUUUUGGUUGUAGUUUAAAUGAUCUAAAAGAUGGCAAACCAACGGCAUCAAACGACUUACAUUGGUAUUUAACAUUCGUUUCUUUAGAAGAGCCACCAUUUUUUCGCAUCAUAUCUGACAGUAAGGGUACUGAACCAUUUAUCGUCGAAGGCUUCAUCCCUGACUUGGUGGAAAAAAUAGCGAAAUAUUUACAGGUUGUCGCCUGUAGGAAAUAUUAACAAAAAUAGAUGCAUUAAUCUAAUGACCCCUAUUGAUUUAUUUUUGUACUUUAAGCUUAUAUACGUAUUUGCAUACUUGUUUCCAGCUUCCGUUCCGUAUAAAGAGAGUUAGUGAAGGCGGAUACGGAUGGCCAAAACCAGAUGGCACUUGGAAUGGAAUAAUAGGAGAAGUAAUAGAUAGUGUACAUGACGUCGGUGCUGCCCCAAUUACUCGUUUAGCCUUUAGGGAAAAGUAUGUGGAUUUUACUAUACCGUUUAUGAAGGCGAAAAUAGCCGCCCUUUACUCGGGCCUUGCGGAAAUCAAGGACCUAUCUGACCUGAUAGAAGUUGACUCUAAGACACCAAUAACCUAUGGCGUCAUUAAGGGUUCAUAUACGGAGCGUUUCUUUAGAUCGGGUAAUAACCCUCUUUGCCGUCGUAUGUGGAAAGUCAUGAACCAAGAGGAUACCUUCGUUCGUUCAGCUCAAGAGGGUGUUGCUAAAGUUCUCUCAUCUAACGGCACAUUUGUAUUUUUUAUUGAAUCUCCAUUUGCCGAAUGGCAUGUAAGAAACCAUUGCGAUCUAAGACUGUUGGACUUUCAAAUUGGACCGGAGCUUAAAUACUGCCUAAUUCUUCGUCAUAAAUCACCUUUAACUAAAUGCUUAAAUGAUAUAUUAAGAAUCCUAAAAAGUAAACAUUUCCUGAAGCGUCUUUUCAAAAGAUGGUGGCCUGAUAGGGACUGUGCAAAAACUCCCAUACCAACUAGAAUGCUUCCGACAGAAUAUAAAUUAGAAAGACCGGUAGAUGGCGCAACAAGCCCGUUCUGGACAUUCCAAACUAUCUAUACUAUUACAACUAUUGUAAUAAUAUAUCCAUUUUAUUUAAUAUAGUGUAAUAUGCUGUAUAUAAGCUGUAUAGAUAGUUGUUCAUUGUCUUAAGAGGUAAACUUGUAUUUAAAAGUUCGUUGUGUUGAAUUAUUAUUACAAAAGAGAGAGAAAGAGAGAGACAGAGAGGAGCGGAGAGAGCAAGAUUCUGAAUAGGAAUGAAGAUUUUACAGCAUUUGAAUUACUUUAUAUAUACAUAUAUAAAUAGAUUUCUAUUUUUAAAUAAAAUAAGAAGAUAUAACAAGUUAUGAAAGGCUGCUACUGUCUAUCUCUUCAAUGCUGAAUAUUGAGUCAUUUUAAAAAAAGGUAGCAAGAAACACAGUCAGUUGCAAAAAAAAGCAAAAAAAAUGAAAAGAAUAUGAAUUCAAAGCGAUUUUUCAUUUUCAUAAUUUUUCAAUUCUUUCUUCUUUUUUCCUCUUUACUUUUUGUUAAAGUUUCUCUCUCUCUCUCUCUCUCUCUCUCU